UCAAGGAUGGUGCGUGUGUGAAGGAGAUGAGCCCAUCUGUCCCUGUUACCCAUUCCUCCCACUGAUUGCAAUUGCAGUGGCAAUGUCAGGACCUAACGGCGCUGGGAGGAUAUGCAUUCACUUCACCACCUCCCAUCCUCUCUUUCCCUUUUCUUUCGCCCCUCACAUGCCAAAAUAUCUCGCACUUUUCCCAAAUUUCUAGCUGCCACACCCCAAUAGCAAAAAUAAUAUCCAUCGAAGAAUUUGAUGCAUUUGUUUAUUUUCGUGGGAUUUACCAAAUUUGGGAAGUUAGAGUGAGAAAGGCCGAUAUCUAGAGAGAGAGAACCCCAUCUUCUUAUACUUCGCUCAAUACAAUACAAUACGUUCGUGCAGCUUGUUUUUCUUCGAGGCAUUGGGAUUUGGGAGAAGAGAGAGCUGAAUUAUUCGUUUCAGCUUUUAUUUAAAGAUGGGACUGCUUUCUGGGAGCAAGGCAUCCAAUUCGGUCACUUUGUGCUUCAAAAUACCAUAUUAUACUCAAUGGGGACAACAUUUACUGGUUUGUGGAUCUGAACCUGUUCUUGGUGCUUGGAAUGUGAAGAGAGGCCUUCUGCUGAAGCCUUCUCACCAAGGAGAUGAGCUGAUAUGGUCCGGCAGUGUGACGGUUCCAGCGGGGUUUAGCUUUGUGUACAAUUACUAUGUGGUGGACGAUGAGAAGAAUGUGCUGCGAUGGGAAUCUGGGAAGAAAAGAACAAUGCCAUUACCGAAAGGCAUUCCGAAUGGGCAGUUAGUGGAGCUUCAUGAUCUUUGGCAGACUGGAUCUGAUGAUCUACCUCUGAGGAGUGCAUUCAAAGAUGUCAUAUUUCGGAUAAGUGGGACUGGUAGAAUCAAGAAACUGGAAUCAUCAGAAUCCGUGCAGAAUCAAUUCGGCAGUGAUUGUUCUGUCACCGUACAGUUCAGAAUCUGCUGCCCAAAUAUUGAUGAAGACACAUCGAUUUAUGUGGUCGGUAGUCCUUCGAAUCUUGGCCGAUGGAAGGUUGAGGACGGACUCAAGCUCGUGUAUGCUGGUGAUUCAGUAUGGCUAGCUGAAACUGUAAUGGGAAAGGAUGACAUGCCGAUCAAGUACAGAUAUUGCAAAGUCGACAAAGCUAAAAAUCUAGCUCUAGAAACUGGCGCCAACAGGGAAUUUCAUGUUGAAUUCUCUGGUAAUCAACCAAAGUACAUUGUUCGCUCUGAUGGUCUGAUGCGCGAAAUGCCUUGGAGAGGUGCUGGCGUAGCAAUCCCAAUGUUUUCGGUCAGAUCCGAAGCUGAUUUAGGAGUUGGGGAGUUUCUCGAUUUGAAGUUGCUAGUUGACUGGGCUGUCAAGUCGGGCUUCCAUUUGGUUCAGCUCUUGCCAAUCAAUGAUACGUCCGUACAUGGAAUGUGGUGGGAUUCAUAUCCUUACAGCUCUCUCUCGGUAUUUGCCCUGCAUCCAUUAUACCUAAGAGUGCAGGCCCUCUCAAAAAAUAUCCCUGAUGAUAUCAUGCAAGAGAUACAGCAAGCGAAAGAAAAGUUGGAUGGGAAGGCAGUAGAUUAUGACGCCACCAUGGCAACAAAGCUUUCGAUUGCCAAGAAGAUAUUUUCUCGUGAGAAGGAUGUCAUAUUUAAAUCUUCUUCGUACCAGAGCUUCUUUUCAGAGAAUCAGGAAUGGCUAAAACCAUAUGCAGCAUUUUGUUUUCUACGGGACUUCUUCGAAACAUCUGAUCAUAGUCAGUGGGGAACAUUUUCCACAUUUUCAAAAGAUAAGCUUGAGAAACUGACAUCGGAAGACAGUCUGCACCAAGACAUAAUUCGCUUCCAUUACUACAUCCAAUACCAUUUACAUAUGCAACUAUCUGAAGCUGCUGAUUAUGCAAGGAAGGAAGGCGUAGUGUUAAAAGGAGAUCUUCCAAUCGGAGUCGACCGGAACAGUGUGGAUACUUGGGUUUACCCUACUCUGUUCAGAAUGAACACCUCAACCGGCGCCCCUCCAGACUAUUUUGAUAAAAAUGGACAAAAUUGGGGCUUCCCUACGUAUAACUGGGAGGAAAUGUCCAAAGACAACUACGCUUGGUGGCGUGCCCGAUUAACGCAGAUGGCAAAGUACUUCACAGCAUACAGGAUUGAUCAUAUAUUGGGCUUCUUCAGAAUCUGGGAGCUUCCCGAUCAUGCAGUGACUGGUCUUUGUGGGAAAUUCCGGCCUUCAAUCCCUUUGAGUCAGGAGGAGCUUGAAAGGGAAGGAAUAUGGGACUUUAAGCGCUUGAGCGAGCCGUACAUUAAUCAGCAACUAUUACAGGAGAAAUUCGAAGCUUCUUGGACCAUAAUUGCUUCUACCUUCCUCAAUGAAUUUCAGAAGGGCCGAUAUGAGUUCAAGGAGGACUGUAACACGGAGAAGAAAAUUGCAUCGAAGCUGAAGGCAUUUUUAGAGACGUCUCUAUUUCAGGAAAGCGAAGAACAACUCCGACGGAAGCUCUUUGACAUCUUGCAGAAUGUAGCCCUUUUAAGAGAUCCGGAAGAUCCAAAGAAGUUCUAUCCCCGGUUCAACAUCGAGGAUACAUCGAGCUUCAACGACUUGGACGAACAUAGCAAGAAUGUCCUGAAACGACUGUACUAUGAUUACUAUUUCCAACGGCAAGAAUCCCUGUGGCGGCAAAAUGCCCUGAAGACAUUGCCGGUUCUAUUGAAUUCGUCAGACAUGCUCGCUUGCGGAGAAGACCUUGGAUUGAUUCCUUCUUGUGUUCACCCGGUCAUGCAAGAACUCGGUUUAAUUGGGUUACGCAUACAACGGAUGCCCAACGAACCAGGUCUCGAAUUCGGUAUUCCUUCCCAGUACAGUUAUAUGACAGUAUGUGCUCCAUCUUGCCAUGACUGCUCCACUCUCCGCGCUUGGUGGGAAGAAGAUGAAGAUCGAAGGCGUAGAUUUUUCAGCGCUGUUGUGGGCUCUGAUAUGCUGCCGCCAGAUCGAUGCACUCCUGAGAUCGUCGAGUUUGUUUUGCGACAGCAUGUCGAAGCUCCCUCGAUGUGGGCGAUUUUUCCACUUCAGGAUUUGCUGGCCCUUAAAGAAGAGUACAUGACGCGUCCAGCUGUCGAGGAAACAAUAAACGAUCCAACGAAUCCAAAGCACUAUUGGAGAUACAGGGUGCAUGUGACAAUGGAGUCGUUGCUGAGCGAUAAAGAGCUUAUAUUGAGCAUCAAAAGUCUAGUAGCCGGCAGUGGAAGAUCGUGUCCUUCGCAGGAUGACAAAGACAACGAGUUCAUGUUAGGACAACCCAGCGUCGAACCAGCUGCAAAUGCAAAGGCUUCGGCAGCUGCAGCUGCUGCCGCCGCAGCAGCCACCACCGCAGUUAUUGGAAGAUCUCCUAAUGUUAUUCCGGGGAAAGAAGCUGUGGUAGCUGUCCAGUGAUGUCUGGUUUAGACAGGGAAGAUAGUCGAUGAUCACUUCAAUUUGCAGUACCUUAAGUUAUUGUACUCUUUUCAGACCACCUAUAAAAUAAUUUGCUA